AUGCCUGCCAACAUUUUGUCCCCUGCAAGUCCGAUAUUUUGCACUCUUUUCGCAUUCGCAUUUCAGUCUCUCACAACACUCGUCGAUGCGGCCCCUAAAGGCAGUAGUACUAGUGGAGGGAAAGGCGGCAAGAGUUCGUCGAAAGGAACCUACGCCGGCGGAGGUGGCGGCGGUUCGAGCGACGGCAGAAAAAAGCUGAAGCCCGGGAUCAUCGUCGGCAUCGUCUUUGGGGCGAUCGCAUUUAUUCUGCUUUUAUACCUAGCCUUUUUCCUCUACCAGCGACGACGUCGAUCCAAGCGCCAAAAGCAAAUUGCCGACAAGGAGGGCUCUAUUCAUUCAUAA